AUGGCCAGCAGCCAACCCAGCCAGGCUGAGAAUGGCGGGGCGUUGGAUCGUUUGAAGCUGGGCUUCAAGGGCAUCACCAAGGGCUUUUCCAAUACGACGUCUGCGGACGUGGAGGCACCUGCCCAAGAUCGAAGUGCAGCCGCACCAAGUGCAGGAGCUUCUGCGAUGUUGGGCUCUUGGGCCGAGAAAGCACGCAAGGCCUUCGGCGAGGUGGCAUACGACCCCGUUCCCAAGGAGGAGACGCCCGAGGCCGUCGUUGAUGAAGAGAAGGGCGAGGGCACCUGGGCUAACUUCUCCAAAGCGGCGAGCCGAUUAGGGAAGUCCGUUGCAUCAGCAGCGGAGGAGGCGAAACAGAAUCUUGAGAAGGCAGCCGAGAAAGCCAAGAGCGCGGACCUUGCACAGCAAGUACAGGACUGGCAAAGUGGCGUGGCGAAAGGUCUCGGUGCAGCAGCCGACCGCGCCAGUCAGGCGCGCGAGGUCUUUGCGGAACGUGGCAAGGCAGCCUCGGCCAUCGCCAAGGACUUGGGCAGCAAAGCCGCCAACAAGGCCUCCGAAGCCAGCCGCGAAGCCGCAAGCAAAGCCAAGGAAGCGAAGGAUAAAGCAGCAAGCGUGGCAGGGGCGGCCAAGGACAAACUUGCACAGGCGGGUGAGGGGCUGAAGGGCUUAGGAAGCUUGGCGCUGUCGCCAGCAAAGCUGGCGCAGUUCGGCGGAACUUUCCUGGUCGGUGUCUUUCUCAUCGCAAUGUCCUUCUCUUUUUUGCCGGUCAUGGUCAUUGCGCCCCAGAAGUUUGCUCUACUCUUUGCCUUUGGCUCCAUGACCAUGCUCGGAUCUUUUGCGCUUCUCAAAGGGCCCAAGGCCUUUUUGACAGGCAUGGCGAGAAAGGAACAGUUGCCCUUUUCGGUGGCUUACGGAGUAGGGCUUGUUGGGACCUUGAUCUCCACCAUCAUCCUCCGGAGUUUUCUACUCACCGGGAUUUGCGGGCUGUUGCAGGCAGUCGGCCUCCUGUACUUUGUGGCAUCCUAUGUGCCCGGUGGGAAGGUGCAGCAAAGCGGCCACUGCUUUGGCCUCGGCCGUGUUGUGCAGGCGUUGAGGCCGGAGAUUGUGCCAGGGAAGAUCCUGGAGAUGGGAAACUACCCAGCCACGUUUGAUGACCGGACAGUUCCUACUCCAACCUACGGGGCUGCCCUGUUGGCUCAAGCGGUGAACGGUUGGCAUCGACCAGCCCUUCGUGGUGUCUUGCAUGGGAUUGUUGCGUUGGCGCUUUUCGUCCUUUUUCUCGGCUAUGGCUUUGCCAUCCUCAUUGGACUGCUACCCAAACUCUGGCUGCGCUUUACAGCGUUGUUGGGUGCGAAACUGCUGAGCUACUUCUGUAGCGCGGUGUUACAUCUCUAUCCGCACCCAUCAAUGGAGAGCUUCAACUUUUGGCUUCGAAUGGAUCUGGUGGGCAUUUCUUUCGCCGUCUGGGCGCCCACAGCCGUGUUCUUGGAGGAUGCCCGCCUCUGGUUGCUGCAAUUCGCUGGCGUUCUGGCAGUGGCCGACUGGACACAUGUCUUGGUGGACAAUGGCUUGGCGAAAGCGGAUGAAUCGGAUUUGAAGAAAUUGGAUAGGAAGCGAUCUUUGAGGACUGUGAUCAACAGCCUGUUCUUCGUGUGGUGCUUACUUUUCUGUGGCAUGGGAUACAGUUUCCAGCCACUUUGGAUCAUUGGAGCUCUGACUUAUUCCCUCGGAUUCUUUCUGGCACCCCCCUUCUCUCGCCGCUAUUCUCAGAUGCCCUGGCAUGUCUCGGGCGUCAACGGAUGGCAUGAAGACUUUCAUCUGGUAGUGGCCUGUGGCGACUUAGCCUUUUGCAUGAUGGCCUAUGAUGCUGGGACGUGA